AUGGCGGGCACGCGGGGUGCAGGGCGAGCCUUGGCGGCGCGAUCGCGACCGGGGAAGCGGCCUGCAGAGCCGGACAAGGAGCUGGCGUUGCAGUUGGAAGAGCCCUGUCUGCUCCCAGGCGCCACUCCCAGCCACAGUGAUGACAGCGACUCUGGCCUCUCUGACAGUGAAGAAAGUGUCUUCUCUGGCCUGGAAGAUUCUGGCAGUGAGAGCAGUGAGGAUGGAGCCAACUGUGAUGAGGACCACAACGGGCCAGGGGUGACUGCUGAGGAGCAGCUACAGACUGGCUCCUCUCCCACGAGGACAGAGAUGGCGGCAAGCUCCCAAGACGAGGAUGAGUAUGUGGAGGACAGCUCUGAUGAGGAGGACAUCCGGAACACGGUGGGCAACGUGCCUCUGGAGUGGUACACAGAAUUCCCCCAUGUGGGCUAUGACCUGGAUGGCCGGCGAAUCUACAAGCCGCUGCGUACCCGGGAUGAGCUGGACCAGUUUCUGGACAAGAUGGAUGACCCUGACUACUGGCGGACUGUGCAGGACCGGACCACAGGCAGGGAUGUGCGACUGACGGAUGAGCAGGUGGCCCUGGUGCGGCGGCUGCAGAGGGGCCAGUUUGGGGAUGUGGGCUUUGACCCCUACGAGCCGGCUGUGGACUUCUUCAGCGGGGAGGUCAUGAUCCACCCGGUGACAAACCGCCCUGCCGACAAGCGUAGUUUCAUCCCGUCCCUGGUGGAGAAAGAAAAGGUCUCUCGGAUGGUGCAUGCCAUCAAAAUGGGCUGGAUCCAGCCUCGCCGGCCUCGUGACCCAGCACCUAGCUACUAUGACCUGUGGGCCCAGGAGGACCCCAAUGCCAUCCUGGGGCGCCACAAGAUGCAUGUGCCUGCCCCCAAGUUGGCCCUGCCUGGUCAUGCCGAGUCCUACAACCCCCCUCCCGAGUACUUGCUCAGUGAAGAGGAGCGCCUGGCCUGGGAGCAGCAGGAGCCCUGGGAGAGAAAGCUGCCCUUCCUGCCUCGCAAGUUCCCCAGCCUGCGCACAGUGCCUGCCUACGACCGCUUCAUCCAGGAGCGCUUUGAACGCUGCCUCGACCUCUACCUGUGUCCCCGACAGCGGAAGAUGCGGGUCAACGUGGACCCAGCAGACCUCAUCCCCAAACUGCCCCGGCCACGGGACCUGCAGCCCUUCCCCACGUGCCAAGCCUUGGUCUACAGGGGUCACAGUGACCUGGUCCGCUGCCUCAGUGUCUCCCCAGGGGGCCAGUGGCUGGCUUCAGGCUCAGAUGAUGGCUCGGUGCGCCUCUGGGAGGUGGCUACCGCCCGCUGCAUGAGGACCGUGCCUGUGGGGGCUGUGGUGAAAAGUGUCACCUGGAAUCCCAACCCUUCUGUCUGCCUGGUGGCUGCGGCCAUAGAGGAUGCUGUGCUGCUGCUGAAUCCAGCCCUGGGGGACCGGCUCGUGGUCAGCAGCACUGACCAGCUGCUGAGUGCCUUCAGCUUGCCUGAGGAGCCAGCCCAGCAGCCUGCCCAAUGGCUGGAGGCCUCAGAGGAGGAGCGGCAGAGUGGCCUGCGGCUGCAAAUCAAACACAUCAAGCCGGUGAAACAAGUGGCCUGGCACGGGCGUGGGGACUACUUGGCCGUGGUGCUAGCAGCCCCAGGGCACACGCAGGUGCUGAUCCACCAGGUCAGCCGGCGUCGCAGCCAGAGCCCCUUCCGCCGAAGCCACGGGCACGUACAGUGUGUGGCCUUCCACCCGACUCGGCCCUUCCUGCUGGUGGCUUCUCAGCGCAGUGUCCGCCUCUACCACCUGCUGCGACAGGAGCUCACCAAGAAGCUGAUGCCCAAUUGCAAGUGGGUGUCCAGUCUCGCUGUACACCCUGCAGGUGACAACAUCAUCUGUGGUAGCUAUGACAGCAAGUUGAUCUGGUUUGACCUGGAUCUCUCCACUCGGCCCUACAAAGUGCUGAGAAAUCACAAGGCAGCUCUGCGGGCUGUGGCCUUUCACCCCCGGUACCCACUCUUUGCCUCUGGCUCUGAUGAUGGUAGCGUGAUUGUCUGUCAUGGCAUGGUAUACAAUGACUUGCUGCAGAACCCGCUGCUGGUGCCGGUGAAGGUGCUCAAAGGUCACGUGCUGAACCGGGGCCUGGGGGUGCUGGAUGUGGCCUUCCACCCUACCCAGCCCUGGCUCUUCUCCUCAGGGGCUGAUUGCACAGUCCGUCUCUUCACCUAG